AUGUCCGGGGUAAACAGGUGGAGCGACGGGCGCGCAAAGCGGGCAUCAGCUGCCUGUAGCUCGUGCCAUGCUCGACGCGUCCGAUGCGAUGCCUCGAGGCUGGGCAUGCCUUGCUCCAACUGCAAGCUUGAUGGCCGCACCUGCACCAUGCGUGAUGGGGCGAGGAAGAAGCAAGUGCCAGAGUCCCUGGACAGGUUAGAGGCCGUCGAAACAAAUGCGCCCCCGGGAGGACAGAAACGGCCAUAUAGCUAUCCUCAACCCAUGCCACAGCCUGAGGAGGGCAUGGCAGUCCGGAUAACGCCACCAGAGACCACGUCCACCGCAGCAAAUGAACCAUCCCCGCCGCAUGCUAAGCAGGCCACCACAGCACAGUCUCAACCGGUUGAGCCCGUCUACUUCUACGGGGAACCUGGUGUGCUGUUCUUCUACCAUCGAUGGCUGUCGCUGGACAACUUUUCCAACCUGAGCGAGACCGAAGCCAAGAUGCUCGAGAAGAGUGGCUGCCUUCAUGUUCCCCGAAACCCAGCUCUUGACGAGUUCAUGCAUCAAUACUUCCUCAACGUCCACCCUGGCCUUCCCGUCAUUUCCGAGGCCGACUUCUGGAGAGCCUACAAGGGGGACCUCACCGCGCCCCAAAUCUCUCUGUUCCUAUUCCACGCCAUGCUUUUUGCAGUCUGCCCCUUCAUCCCACCAAAGGUCCUCCGAGGAGUUGGCUAUGACGAUGUCGCGCAGGCUCGGCAAUGUUUCUACUCCAAGGCCAAGUUCUUGUAUGAUCUGAAUGCCGAAGUCGAUCCGCUGGCCAAGGCGCAAGGCUCCGUCCUCCUGACCUACCAGUUCACGUUCCAGACCAUUCAUGCCAGUCGGCGGUGGCUCAAAGCGGCACGACUGAACGCGAAGAUGUACUUUUCCACUCGACCAAACCAGACCCCAGCCCUUGGGGUUGAAAGGCGACUCUGGUGGUCCAUUUAUUUUCGCGAUAGGAUUACAUCCCUGGGGCUACGCCGGCCGAUCCAGGUCUAUCCCACCGACAGUAGCUUUGGCAUCACCCUGCCAGGCGAAGAAGACUUUGGUGACGAAAUCAACGAUUCUGCCGUCUACAAUGCCGAGACCAAAAGGCACGUCGCCAAGAUUUUUAAUCUGCACUGCCGGCUAGCAACCGUUCUGACAACAGUCGUGUCCGCGUCAUAUCGACAAGCCUCCAAUCCACCAGUCUCGGCAAAUGACAGCGAGGAGCGGAAGAAGGAGGUCGAGGAAGCCAAGGCACAGCUAGCGAGUUGGAAGGCUAUUGCGGACGCCUGUCUGCCGUUCAUAUCCGAGGAGAGAGGAGUGCAUCGGCUUGUGGUCCUGUUCUCGGACUUGCCAUACAUCCAUUACCACGCUGCUCUUGUAGCUCUGUAUCACCAUGAAUGUUCACUUGUCGACGCCUUUGAAGGUCUAAAGAUCAGUCACGACGAGGAGAGCAUUGACAAAAUUGGAGAAGACAUCGAGAAGUCGAGCCAGGAAAUCACACAACUCGUCCGGCGCUGCAUUGCCCACGGCCUCGCGCAGCAUCUCCCUAUCAGCGUCUUCUCGUGUGUCGCCAUGCCCUACCUCCUCAACUCCCUGGAUGCUAGGCUGUCGCCAGCCAUCAUGCCUGCCGCCGAGGAGGACGACGCCCUCGACUACUACGAAGAGCUGAUGAGCUCCUACAACAACCGGUACGGAGUCGGCAGUGUGCUGCAGGUCAUCGACCGCGUCCUCUCCUUCGCCGGCAUCUCGACAAAGGCUACGCCGCACACCAAGCGCCUCAAGGCACAGGGCGAAUCAGACAUUGCCAGCGCCAUCGCGGCACCUGCGCCGACGACCUGGCCUUAUGUGAAGAAUUGGCGUGAGUUAUUUCUACGACAGCCGCGCAUCUACCUCCACAUAUCGCUCGCUCUGGACUACGCUUUCGGCCGGGGAGACACCGCCGAGGAGAAGGGCGUGGCUCCUGUACUUGAAGUCGGUGAUGAGGAGCUGGCUGGCAGCACGGCGGACAUGUUCGGCAUUGGCGCCGUGCCUUUUGACUUGGCGUAUGAUGUGGCGGAGGUAGACAGCAUCACCCCCGAGAACAACCGCGAUGUUACCGGGACAGUGGUGGAGGUCAAUGCGGAUGACUGCCUCGAGGCCAACCCGUCGGAACAUCCUUCGAACGACCUGGGAUGGGCAGAUGACUUGUUCGACGGCAUGUUUCGGAUCAUACCUGCCUAG